AAACGGGGCCUGGUCGUGGCACAGAACCGCCGACGGAGAGCCGCGGCCAACAGAAGAGAGCGGCUGCUGAUUACGCGCACCUGUUGCACCUUUUCUCCUAGUAUUUUUUGGAAGUUUGUAGUUCUCCCCCCCCACCCAAGUAUUUUUGCUGGUAGUUUGCGGAGAGAACAUCAGCGGGGGGGGGGGGGGUCUCGGUUGUAGAGCAGCGGGUCGGGCGCGUCGUUAAAGAUCGCUGGAAGUGCUUGCGGAGAGUUAGGGGACAGGUACGUCGCCGUCCUGAAGCCCACCGUUAUGAAACAAACAUGGACGUCGUCGGCUACAGAGACAACCUGAGAGUUUCCGCGGGGAAAAUGAGAUGGUGGAGGAGCUCCGGGCAGGUGGAGGUGGAGGAGAAGGAGGAGCUGGUGGAGGUGCUGCUGGAAGGCAGGGCGCCCUGGGGCUUCAGCCUUAGAGGAGGUCUGGAGCACCGAGAGCCGCUGGUCAUCACCAAGGUGGAGGAAGGCAGCCAGGCAGCGGCGGUUUGCCUCCAGGCUGGUGAUGAGAUGGUGAGCGUCAACGCAGUUCGUCUCUGCGGCUCCCGCCAGGAGGCCAUCUCUCUGGUGAAGAGCUCCCACAAGACACUGGCUCUGGUGGUACGAAGAAAGAAUGAGCCUGUCUUGCGGCCUCAUUCCUGGUACUCCUCCAAGCUGACAGAAGAGGAGACGGAGCCGACCAGGAGCGACAUCUCCCCUGCAGACGUCUGGCAGCCGAAUCAUGAAGCAAGGUCUAAAGAGUUGUCCAGUGAGAGAGACCAGAGCAACUUGCACCAGCCGUCCAUUCAGUUCACAUCAGUGAAUAACAUGGAGAAACUGGAGCGCCCCUCUCAUAUAAACCCCCCCGAUCGCCUCUCCCCCACCAAAUACACCGGCAAACCUGAAGCACUCUGUGGAGGAGUGGGGAAAAGAGACUCGGGCUUCAGCUGCUUCUCCAGUGGCUCCAGCCCACCAGUUCCUGCCACUGGUGCAGAAAACAUUUUCUUCAGGGGUCUGCAGAGCGACAGGUCCAGGUACCUGCAGCCGAUGUUUGGGGCUGGAGGCUGGGAGACGCCCCGUGUGGAAGAGCAACCGGACUCUCGGGUCUCUGGUGCUGGCAGGCCUAGUGGCGCCCCAUUGUGGCAGGUUCCAGAGAGAAAGAAGACCCAGUCCCCGCCUCCUCCACCUCCUCCCCUGAGGAGCGACAGUUUUGCCGCCACGAAAGUGUUCCCUUCCUCUGAUGGGCCCAGCGGUCAGACAAAAAGCCAAGGAAGAGGAACAGAAAGAUCAAACGAAGCCUCCAACCGACAAGCCUUCAAAUACAACUUGACUGUUCCCCUCCGUGACAAAAGUCUAGAAGCCAAACACAGCUUCGUCCCACUGCCCACAAAAGAUUUUCUCCACCCAAACAUGGCAGCUGACCCCAACCACAACCAGCUCCACCCCAACAAACUCUUCUCUCUGUCCAGUAUCGACGUGAGACAGACCCAGUCUCAUUUCACACAUCUGCCCAACCACCAGAGGCAGUACAGCGAUGAGAGCCCCUUCUACCUGCAAACCCUGUCAGCUCCUCCGACCAAGCCUCAGAGCGUUGGCUGCUACUACCGUAGCCUGCAGGAUCUCCCCACCAACGCCUCCAGCCGCAACCAGCUCAGAAAUUCGGCUGUGAUUUCUCAGGGCUCAGCAGUGAACCCAAACCAGGAUAAUGGAGGUCUCAGUCGGUACUAUGGUACUGGAACAAAACUGUCCGUCCAGUCAGCAGAGCAACAGGCUAGACCAGGGAGGGCAGAAGGUCAGAGGGGGGACACAGAGACCCCCCACUGGGCAAACAGCCACAACCGAAGCUCCCUGAGUUCCUUGAAGACCAACUGUAAAACCAAGUACUCUUCUCUACCUCAGUCCCCCCUGCCUUGUGUCACCAGUAAGGAGGACAAUGGCCAUUCCCAGCAAGGGAACAGUUUACCAUAUGAGCUGCCAGUCUCUGAAAUGUUUGCACCUGUCAAAAGUAUCAGCAGCUCAGAAGAAACCCAGAAGCGAGUUGAGGGACAUCCAAACAACAUAAAAAGAUAUUCCCCAAGUCAGCACAGUGACGAAAACAAGGUCUUUCUGCCAAGAUAUCAGGAUGUAUGGGUGCCACAGGAGGACAAUCGAAUAUCUCCCUUUAAAACACCAUUGCUCCAUUCCCUGACCCUGGAGAACCAGACCUUAGCUGAAAGGAGGCCAACCACAAACCACGGCACAAGCAGCCCAUCCAUCCAAGAUCUGGGUGACCCGGCAGCAUCCAGUGGUGGAAAGGUGAGCCGUCGAGGUGAACGCUACGCCACUACACUCCGCAAUGAAAUCCAACAGAAACGCGCACAGCUGCAGAAGAGUCGCAGCGCCGCAAGCCUGAUCUGUGGCAGGGAGGAAGAGGAGAAUGAGGAAGAAGAGGAUGAAGGAUGGAAAUCCACAGAGACAUCCACCUCUUCUAAUGGCUCCUUCUCCAACACCUACAAGGACCAUUUGAAGGAGGCCCAGGCCAGGGUGCUCCAGGCCACCUCCUUCCAGAGACGGGAUCUUGAUCCUCUCGGAGGUGAGACCCUGGCAGGUAAGUCCAACUCCUCUUCCAGCAGCCAACGCUCUCGCAUCAGAGGUCGAAAGCGCAUUGCCCUGGCUAAGAGGACGCACUCCUUCUCGGAGCCAGACAAGAUGGACAAGGUGGGGUUGGAAGGGGUGGAGGAAGAGCCUGAAACAGGAUCCUUUGGGGAACGGAGGAAGUUCUUUGAGGCCAAACCAACUUCUUCAAGGCCACUGCCCAAGUCUGGAUCCCUAAACUCUGGCUCAGACCUCAACGAGACAGCCAAGGCUGUAGAGAGAGUGCUACCCAAUGAGCCCCAGCAGACCCAUCCAGGCUCAGGUUCAACUACCCUAAGCCAGGGACAGAAUCCAAUUCUACUGUCGCCCAAGAGACUUGGUACCUUUGCUGAGUAUCAGGUGAAGUGGAGUUCACGAAGAAAGGCAUCAGAAACCAGGACACAAGGGAGGUAUCACUCAGCGGAGAACAUCCUGGACGCAGAGGAGAAGACGGUCUGCAUCCAUGAGAGGUCCAGAUCUUCUCCUUCUGCUGAGUUCUACACACAGAGUUUUCCAGAGACUUGGAGUGAAAACAACUUGCUCCCAGAGACAAGAAAUGGACAACACAACAGGGAGACGACGGAGAGCAGCAGACGGUACCAGUCAUCCAAGUCUGACCAGCGGCCACAGCCUUCCCUCCACCACAGGACCAAGCCAGACGCCACCGCCCCCCACGCCUCCCAGUCCUCCCAUUCCUCCCACGCUUCGCUGCGCCCUCCCAGCCCGGCCUCCCAGACCAGAGGCCUCCUGCCAGCGCCUAGGCCUCAUUUAGGGCCACAAACCACAUCCUCCUCCCAGGAAUUCUUCCGUGGUGUCCACGCCGAGGCGGCAGCAGCAGCAUCGCCCCGUCCACUGUCCGGCGCCGCUCCCUGUCUCCAUCCCAACAACGCUGUCCAGAGCCAUGGUUCCUAUGCGGGCUCCGCCUCAGCCAUCUCCCCGGCCCCCAGACAGGAAGGAGCAGUGAGAGGAGAGGAGAGGGAGCAGCCACCACCCUCAUCAUCUUCCUCCUCCUCUUCCUCUUCCUACCAUUUCUCCUCCAAGACGGUCACUCUGUCUUUCCCCGCAGCAGACAGACCUCACUCGCCCUCGCCGCUGUUCGCUCCUCAGAGACUCACCAACGCGCCGCCGCCGGCGUCGGUGCAGGAUGACUCACUGGUCAGGUCUGAAAUCGGCCCGAUAGGAGCGAUGGACCAGAGCGGUCCGGCGAGGAAAGUCCCGGUGAAGAUCGUCCACGCUGAGAGCAGAUCGGAGCGAGACACCCGAGCGUACCCGGCAUGCAACGGAGAGGCCCCCGAGUUCCACGGACCCCGAACUCCCUCCCUGUUCAGCUCCUGCAAGCCGCAGGAGACCGAGUGGACCCGGCCCCAAGUCAAGACUCAAAACUUGGGUGAUUCUCCAUCAUCUACCCUGCUGGGGGCCGCCAACAUUACCAACAACCCCCCAUUCACCUCGGGAGGGGACCUUCACUCGGAGGCGGAAGACGCAAAGAGGGAGGAGCUGGCCAGAGACAUUGUGGACCGGGAUAAGUCCCUGGCGGACAUCUUGGACCGGAGGGGCAUGAGGACCACCAUGGACCUGAUGGAGGGGCUCUUCCCACAGGGGCAGCAGAUACUGGAGGGGGGCCACCAGCGCCGACGGGCCCCCAACGGCCCCAGACCGCCCGCCCCAAGAAAUACUGAUGAAAGAGGGGAAGAGGAGGGCGUUUCCACGGCGACUUCCCUGGUUCCCAGCUCCUCCUACUACAACACGUCUGCUCCCAAAGCGGAGCUCCUCAUCAAGCUGAAGGGGAUGCAGGAGCAGCUGGAGGAGCAGGACUCCGAGGACGAGCUGGACGUGGACCUGGCCGGGAAGAAGCAGGAGCUGAUCUCCAGCCUGGCGAGGAAGCUGGGGGUGCUGCGGGAGGCACGACAGAGCCUCCAGGAGGACGUGGAGGACAACGAGGCCCUGGGCCGUGCCGUGGAGGCCACCGUGCAGCGCGUCUGCCUGCCGAACCAGCUGGACAAGUUCCGCAUGUUUGUGGGCGACCUGGACAAAGUGGUGAGUCUGCUGCUGUCGCUGUCCGGACGACUGGCGCGCGUGGAGAAUGCCCUCAACAGCCUGGAGGACGAGGCACCCCCAGAGGAAAAGCGAACCCUUAAAGAGAAGCGAACGCUCCUGAUGCGGCAGCACGAGGAUGCCAAGGAGCUGAAGGAGAACCUGGACCGCCGGGAGCAGCUGGUGUCGGCCGUCAUGGAGGUGCACUUGGACUUGGAGAGCCUGGAUGACUACCGCCACUUUGUGAAGAUGAAGUCGGCACUCAUCAUCGAACAGCGCAAACUGGAGGACAAGAUCAAACUGGGCGAGGAGCAGCUCAAGUGUCUUGUGGACAGCCUGCCACUGGACCAGAGACCGCCACUCUGACCGAACCGGCACCGAGGUUUGGUUUUUACGUGUGCGCUGAUGGUGACUUUUUUUCCCCCCAAGGAUGGUUCAGUGCAAUAUAUGAGUAUUGAUGACAUAAAUGUCCUCAAAGCAUCCUCGCUGGUCGAGUUGGUUGAGUCAUCGAGGAAGCUCGGGUGCACAGAAAUAUCCACUCAGAUAGACCUUUAACCCUGAUUUAUACUCAACACGGAUUAAAGGGCUUCAUAACCGGUCCUCAAGAUCCUUACCCUGACCUUAACCAAACCAAACCUAAACUUAACCAUCUUUAAUCUAAUACCUUCACAUAACCAUGUCCUCAGCUAGGUCCUCAUAUAUGUUGAAAUACAUUGCAUGCAUGGGGCAGAACGUGGUUGUUGGGCAUUUCUGUGCUCGCAUCCAGACUUGACCAAUGAGGAAGCAUUGAGUUUGCGUACCUCAUAAAUAUUCAUACUUCGCUGCGUGCUGAUGUAACCUUCAACGCUACUUAACCCGCCCACUAGAGGACGACGGUGUGUCAUCAGACAGUCAAAAGGCCUCAUUUUUAUAUUGAUGAUGGGACGUGAACAGCGAUGGGAAAAUAACCCUGAAGUCACAGUGGAGUCGGUGUCUUAAACUUAGACAGGAUAGCUACUGGUUUUGUGGCACACAUGAGUAAGUGUUUGGAUUUGAUUUCCAGGCUAAUCCCCCAUUGAGGGUGAAGUAGACACGUACAGAUGUGCAUGAAUGCAGCAUUUGAGCCUAUCUGAAGCAUCUGGAGGUAGUUUUAUAGUUCAACUGUCUAACUCAACGGGUCAAACAUUUUCAAUGCCUCGGUUUGUCUAGUUUGGGUCACUUCUCAACAUAUGGUAAUGGCAAACUCUUAAUGGCGUGAUGAAAUGUGUUGCUGUUAACAGAUCUUGUACUGAAAAGUGACAUUUAAACUGGAUAUAUGACCGUCUGGACGAGUCCACAUCCUGACCAAAAAGUGUUGGUUAACACUUCUGUGAAAUAAUAAUCUCCAUUAGUGAUGGCAAACUUAUCAAUAAAACUAAGACCGGGCAUCCGGGUGGCGUGGCGGUCUAUUCUGUUGCCUACCAACAUGGGGAUCGCCGGUUCGAAUCCCCAUGUUACCUCCGGCUUGGUCAGGCGCCCCUACAGACUCAAUUGGCCGUGUCUGUGGGCAGGAAGCCGGAUGUGGGUUUAUGUCCUGGUCGCUGCACUAGCGCCUACUCUGGUCGAUUGGGGUGCCUGUUCAGGGGGGAGGGGGAACUGGGGGGAAUAGCGUGAUCCGCGCACGCGCUACGUCCCCCUGGUGAAACUCCUCACUGUUAGGUGAAAAGAAGCAGCUGGCAACUCUACAUGUAUCGGAGGAGGCAUGUGGUAGUCUGCAGACCUCCCCGGAUCAGCAGAGGGGGUGGAGCAGAGAUCGGGACGGCUCGGAAGAGUGGGGAAAUUGGCCGGGUACAAUUGGGGAGAAAAAGGGGGGGGGACUAAGACUGGUUGUUAAAUUGGUUUUGCAACACUACAGUGUAAACGCAUUAGUACAAAUGGAUGUAUAUGCAAACCAACUAAGCCCCCUUCAUCUAAUAAAAAUGUUUCUUAUUUUCAUUUUUCUAAUUAAAACACUUUUAUCAAUUCAUCAUACCAUGAUCAUUUGACUAUAUGAAUAUGUUAGUUGAAAUCUUUGUGUUGGACCGUCUCCAGUCCCUCUCUAAAAUAGGUAUGACUCUGGAUUUUUUUCUGUAUUUAAAUAUGUAUGACCAAUUACUUCCUGUUUCCUGUGUUACAGGAUGUGUAUUUAAAAUGUAUAACGUGUGUUUAAAGACACUAUUUUAAUUUAUUGUAGUCUGUUGAAUACCAGUAUAAAGAGAUGGGGAGUGUUUUUCCUGUAAUUUAAUUUCAGCAAUGAAAUUUCUUCUUUGUUUUAUUUUUUAAAUUCAGUGUUUAUAUAUAUAUAAUCAAAUUUUGACUACUUUCAGUCAAGUCACUUGAAGUUGAUCAUUUAAUAUAUUGAAAAUCUAGAAGAUGGGUCUGUAAACAAUAUUCAAUUUUUUUCAACCAAGGUCUUAAGGUACCUGUAUUUAUUUAUAAAGAACUAAACUUUA